CGCGAGAGGCGGGACCGGGUUACAGAAAAAAGAGGCUCGCGUGAAAAAUCAGCGAGAACCAUUGCGAACUCCUGCGUCCCAUCAUUUCACCAGCACCUCCAGCAGCGGACCCUCCGACCCGGCGAGCAGCAGGCAGAGAACCCCCCCACCUCACCUCCUCCCUGACAAAGAUGGCUCCCAUCUGCAUCAGAACUGUGCUAAUCAGUGAAAGUGUUGACCCUCGCUGCAGGGCGAUCUUGGAGGAACACGGCAUCCGUGUCACCGAGAAGCAGAAUAUGAGAAAGGAGGAAUUAAUCGCAGAGAUUAAGGACUACGAUGGCCUCGUCGUUAGAUCUGCAACCAAGGUGACAGCGGACGUUAUAGAUGCUGCUGAUAAUCUCAAAAUCAUUGGGAGAGCUGGGACCGGUGUGGACAACGUGGACGUCGAUGCUGCCACCCAAAAGGGCAUUAUCGUCAUGAAUACGCCGAGUGGUAACACGAUCAGUGCCGCCGAGCUGACAUGUGCCCUGCUGAUGAGCCUCUCAAGAAAUGUGCCUCAAGCUGCAAUGUCGAUGAAACAAGGCAACUGGGAUCGCAAAAAGUUCAUGGGUGCAGAGCUGUAUGGCAAAGUGCUCGGGAUUGUCGGGCUUGGCCGGAUAGGAAAGGAGGUUGCCACACGAAUGCAAGCUUUUGGCAUGAGGACGAUCGGCUAUGAUCCGAUCACUCCGCCUGAGGUGUCGGCGAGCUGGGGGGUGGAGCAGAUGUCUCUGGAGCAGCUCUGGCCGCAGUGUGACUACAUCACUGUCCACACUCCACUGAUGCCCUCCACAGUCGGUCUGCUCAAUGAUGAAACCUUUGCGAAGUGCAAGAAAGGAGUGAAGGUUGUGAACUGUGCGAGGGGGGGCAUCAUCGACGAAGAGGCUCUCGUCAGAGCUUUGGAGUCUGGACAGUGUGGCGGAGCUGGACUCGAUGUCUUUGUCGAGGAGCCGCCCAAGAACCGUUCUCUGAUCGACCAUCCUAAUGUCAUCAGCUGCCCUCACCUUGGAGCCAGCACGAAGGAGGCUCAGGCUCGCUGCGGGGAGGAUAUCGCCCUGCAGAUUGUGGACAUGGUGAACAGCAAGAACCUAGUCGGAGCAGUAAACGCUCAGGUUCUAGCCGGCACGUUCUCCCAGGAGUCCCAGCAGCUGAUUAAACUCGGCGAAGCUGUUGGAGCAGUGCUUCAGUCCUGCAGUGCUUCUAAGAAACCGUUCAGGCAUGCUCACAUCACCACUCAAGGGGACUGCAUGAAAUCUUGCGGGGGUUAUUUGACCUCAGCUGUACUCGUGGGACUUCUGAAUCAUGGAUCGGGAUGUCGCGCCAAUCUCAUCAACGUGCUGAGCCUCGCCAAGGAGCGUGGAAUCGCGGUGAAUCAGAGCCACUGUGUCUCUGAGGCGGCAGCUGCAGGUGUGUGUAAGGUGGAGGUUAAAGCAGACGACGGCAGCUAUCAAGCGAGCGGCUCGGUUCAAGGAGGCGUCCCUGUCCUGCUGGAGCUGAGCGACAGCGUCUUCAGGCAGCCUGUGUCUCUCACUGGAAAUCUGCUGUUCCUGCGGGCCUCUGCCGACCCUCAGCUGCUGUCCUCUGUGGCUGGAGUGUUGGCCUCAGAGGGAGUGCAGAUCGAGUCCUUCAGCGCUCCUGUGGACCACACUGGGGACGUGUGGUAUUGUGUGGGGGUGUCGUCCCUGCUGCCAGAUCUCAGCGUCUUGAAGCCUUUGGUUCAGGACGCAGCACAGCUCAGUAUUUAAACAAAACAGUCCCAGAAUAACAGUUUAACCCCUGGUUUCAUAGAAAUCAUCUUUAUGUUUGUGUUUACAGCUAACAACUUGUUCAGUAGCUGCACAUGUUAAGGUGCAAAAUUAUUUUUUAUAACAUUCCAGUGUUUAGGUGCUUGUUGAAUUUGUUGAAGUACAAACUAAAUAAAAUGACUGGCAUGUAC